AUGUUGACAAAGGCAAUCGCGGACAAGAAGCAGGCAGCCACGAAUGUUGCGCUUUGCUCAGUACAUCUGAUGGGCAUCUACGAGAAUCUUACCAGCGUACAGCGGAAAGGCACCUUUCUGGCUCACAACCAAGGCGCAAAUGCUAUGCUUCAAUUGCGGACGGUUGAGGAGUUCUACAGCGACAUCAUAUCAGCCAGACUUUACGAAGUCAUCUAUGCACAUCUGCUAUUAGGCAACUUACAGGCAGCAAGACGCCCGCAAAUACCUACUAGAGAUGUGGUCAAAGUAGACGAAUUACUCCCAAGCCUAUACAAGAACUCCAACGCCUUUGUCAUUCGUCUGAUAUGGCGAGCGGCAAUGCUACAUGCCAGAUGGCACGAAAUCAAGCAAAGUCCAAACCCACCAACAAACCGCAUGGCCUUGCAAGAACUUCUACAGAGCGCUCUCGAACUAGAAAGCGACUACGAAGCUUGGGAGGCAAACGUCACACCGGCAUGGAACUAUCACAUGACACCCAACACACCGGAGGCUCGGUCGACCUACGACGCCAAGUUGCAAAAGCUUUUCUUGGGUUGCCCAGGCGCACCGGAAGAGAUUCACAUAUACCCGAGCUUGAAGCGUGUCUGGAUCUGGGGCUUCUACCGUACAAGCCGCAUACUUGUUCUACGUGAUCUGCUCGAGAUGUUGAAUUGGAUGUUGAGAUUCCGGGACCCUUGCCUAUCUUUCCGUCCUCAAGAAGCCCCGGGGCAGUCCAUGCCUACUGCUCUAAGUAAUGCAAAUCUCCGCACGCAUCACUCGGUCGCUACCGCCCGCCUAGUCGAGGUCAUCGAGAAGAACUGUUCUUCCAUACUUGGCAGCUUUACUGUACCGAUAGAUACGAAAUCUGCCACCGACAUAUGUGGUAUGCGGGGCUAUAUCUGCAUAUGGCCCCUGGGUACGAUGGAUUCAGUACUCAGCUCAGGUCUUGUGCCGGAUAGCAAUGCAGGCAAGCAACCGCACAGCGCUACUCACCUGCCAACACCACCGCCAGUUCACUCGCAACCACACCUGGCUACAUCCACAUCCAACGCGUCUUCCUCAAGCGAGCCGUCGACGGCCCUGGAAUCCUACGAGGCAGCACCGGCAUUUUCCGAACUCCGCAACAUCCGGACCAAGUCGCAAAGCGGCCAAUCUCCUGGCGCGAGUCCGCCAUCGAACACCCCGCUCUUGGACCAAAAUGCAAAGAAGAAUCACAUCUUUGACCCCAACCCUGCGCACCCGUACGAUCACCCGCUAGACCUACCUCCACUGGACCAUGGGGUUGAGCCCAGGAGGAUAGACAUUGCAGCGAGGCGAGAAUGGAUAAAUCGGCUGAUGUACUACAUGGCCACAGAACUGGGACUGAAGAAGGCGCUCUGGUGCCCAGUCAUGCAAGGCUACAUGCCCACCGUGAAACCCAUGGUUGACGAGAUUCUCAGCCAAGAAAGAGGUUUCUAA